AGUUGUGUAGAUCACUGAGAGACUACGAGGGUCCGGUUCAGUUUUAAUUCUGUCUAUAAUCUCCACAACAGCGGCGCUUCCUGGGUCCCGCGGCUCGCUGCCCACUCAGCCGCGGUUGGCCGCUGAGCGCAGAUCAGAGGCUUCCCUUCCCCAUCACCCACCAUGGAGAACCUCCAAGAAAAAGUGACCCCGGACACGCGUGCCUGAGGAUUCCGCACAAAAGAGGUGCCCAAAAUGAAGACCCUGAUGCGCCAUGGUCUGGCAGUGUGUUUAGCGCUCACUACCAUGUGCACCAGCUUGUUGCUCGUGUACAGCAGCCUCGGCGGCCAGAAGGAGCGGCCACCGCAGCAGCAGCAGCAGCAGCAGCAGGCAGCGGCGACCGACAGCGCGCAGCCUUCGGUGGAGAGCAGCCCCCUGCCGCGCCCCGGGCCCCCCGCGGGACCGAAGCCACUGGACGGAUACCUCGGCGUGGCGGAUCACAAGCCCUUGAAAAUGCACUGCGGGGACUGCGCCCUGGUGACCAGCUCCGGGCAUCUGCUGCGCAGCCGGCAAGGCCCCCAGAUUGACCAGACCGAGUGUGUCAUCCGCAUGAAUGAUGCCCCCACGCGCGGCUAUGGACGCGACGUGGGCAACCGCACCAGCCUGCGGGUGAUCGCGCAUUCCAGUAUCCAGAGGAUCCUCCGCAACCGCCACGACCUGCUCAAUGUGAGCCAGGGCACUGUGUUCAUCUUCUGGGGCCCCAGCAGCUACAUGCGGCGCGACGGCAAGGGCCAGGUCUACAACAACCUGCAGCUCCUGAGCCAGGUGCUGCCCCGGCUGAAGGCCUUCAUGAUCACGCGCCACAAGAUGCUGCAGUUCGAUGAGCUGUUCAAGCGGGAGACAGGCAAAGACAGGAAGAUCUCCAACACUUGGCUCAGCACCGGCUGGUUCACAAUGACGAUUGCCCUGGAGCUCUGUGACAGGAUCAAUGUUUAUGGCAUGGUGCCCCCAGACUUCUGCAGGGACCCCAGUCACCCUUCAGUACCUUAUCACUAUUAUGAACCUUAUGGACCUGAUGAAUGUACAAUGUACCUUUCCCAUGAGCGAGGACGGAAGGGAAGUCAUCACCGCUUUAUCACAGAGAAACGAGUCUUUAAGAACUGGGCACGGACAUUCAAUAUUCACUUUUUUCAACCAGACUGGAAACCAGAAUCCCUUGCUAUAAAUCACCCUGAGAAUAAACCUGUGUUCUGAGAAUUGAGUGUGCUAGACUGAAAUCCCAAGUGCCCAUAGUAUCAGACACCUGGGCGCUGGAGUUCCUGGGCCAAGGACACAAAAGAAGAACAGAACUGGUGGCAGGAAAUAGCCUCCCUCUUCAGGAUGUACUGUGUACAGAUGCCUAAGAGGCAGGACUAUGACGCAGUGCACUUGGUUCAUGAGGGAAAGUUCCAGAAUGAAUAUAUCGUAAUGAGUCAUCCCUUUCAAAAGGAAUUAUCUUUGGAUCUGAAGACUCAUUCCAGCAAUGCUGCCAAGGCUAAAAACAUUGUGGAUCUCUUUAAGUAUUGCCUUCAAAACUGAAACACAAACAACUCAACAAUAUUGGUUGUAUUUAUUUAUAGAAAUAUCACAUCGAAAGACAUUUUUCUAUCAAGUCUUAUUCUAACCUGAUCUAUAACCCUUGUCAUCUGUUGGACUCUGUAUGUGUGAUUUGUAAACAAAAACUGCUUGAAAGGACAGACCUGAUUUCUGAAGAGCACAUCAUCACUGACUUUCAUAAAGCAAAUGCCCAAUAUUUAUUUAUUGAAAGUUUUUUAGUGUACUCUAGGCCAGUAUUUUUAUAGAUUAUGAUUAUGUGGUGAUUUAGCCUUCCUAGCUCUUUAAUCUUGAACAAUGGUUGGAAAAUGCCUAGAAUCAGGUCGAUGAGUUGCUGUGUUCACCAUGCUUAUUGGCAGCAUGCAAUUGGUAUUUGCCUUGGAAAUGUUGUUGUUGCAUUUGUUGAAUCCUCAGCCUUCAGGAUAGUUAUAUGACAUUUUCUAAGGUGCAAAAAUACCCUAAAUGACAAAAUUGAAAACCAAAAACUAGAUCAUUAAAACAAACAGAUACCAACAAGAGAACUUGCAAGACAGUUUUCUUUAGUAAUGAUUGACACAGGUCACUUCACUUAAUCCCGAGUUUCUUCUUCUGCAGAAUGAUGUCACUGUACUAGAUUACCUCUUAAAAUUUAUCUCAAAUCUAAAAUUCUCUGAGUCUUUGUGGACCUAUUGUAUUUGAGGACUGCACACCUGGAAUGGUGGGAUAGUCACAGUACCCAGAGUCUUAUUUUAGGGGACUUUUUAUAUAUUUCCCUACUACCUAUUUCCAUUCUCUCUUGUUUUUGAAACAUAUUACCCACCUCAUCCCUUUUGGCUAAAAUCUUCUCCCACCUUUUCUGGUCCUUAUGCCAAAUGGGGGUGGGAAGAAAGAGAGGGAAGGAAAACAUUUCUGUGGUGUUUCCUGGCUACAAGUGUAAGGAACUGCUUUUCUGUGUGUCUGUGAAGAGAAUACAAGGAGAUUCCCUGUCAUACAAUUCAUUUUUCCUAUGAACUAUUCACACUCACUGCAUGUACUCACUGUCAUUCCCUGGUCUGCAGUAAUAUGAAGGACUUAUUCAGAGGCAAGAUGAGUAAGUAUGAAAGAUUUCAUUUAAGCAAGUAAUAGUGUUCAAAAACAGUCUUUUAAAAACUAUCAGCAUUUUCUUUACACAUGGCUUACGAGGCAUUCGUUUCUCUAACGCCAAAUUCCAAGGCCACAGCAAAUAGCAUGUAUGGAAACUGACACUGUUUUACAGAACAUGACCUGGCUUGUGAUUAAAGAAGGUUUCUCAUAUUACAUUUCUUUUCCCUUUCUUUGGUUAGUGUUAAGAGUUCAUUCCCUUGCACUAACUGGUGGUAUUAGUUAUAGAGUACUAUUGUUGAAAUGCAAACACAGUCUAGCUAUUUAUAUAGCAAAAAUAAAAUUGGUGUUAUUGAACUGUGGCUGGAGCCGUUAAAAGCCAGUACAAUUGAAAUGCCUGUCCAAAUGUACUGGAAUGUGUUCUUUACAUUUAUAUUUAUAAAGAGAAUAUAGAAUUUUAUUCCAGUGCAGUCUCUUAUGCAGCAUGGUCACUAAACACAUAACUCUUUAUAAAUAUAUGAAUUUUAUAUAACUGAUUUAUGGACCAUCUUGACCAUCACUUAAUGCAAUGUUGUUCAGAUGAAAGUAGCUCUUUUAGUAAGUUUUAUAGAAAUUUGGAGAGGCAUACUUGGGCCAUGCAAGAUGCAACUCUAUUAGUUAACCUUACAAUAUCUCAAAUGUCUGUGUUAUCUUCAGACUUUAGGGGGUUGGCUUUGUUUUUAUAUUUUGAACUAUAUGAUAGUUCCCUAUUUUUUGGUAAUGUUUCCCUCAAAUACUCAAGAGUAAAAAGCAACUGAAUUCUGAAAUUCCUGGCUUCACUAAGAAAUAUUUUAAAUCUAGGAUAUAUGUAUAGGAACAUUUCUAUUUUUUAAAGUAUGGCACAUAUAAGUACAAAAUUAUCACUUGGACAAUGGUUUUAUUGCAUUUGAAGAAAAUGACUAAAAUUCUGAUGCAUUGUGCUGAUGGACCUGGUUGUGGGCAAUUGAGUUCUUAUCUUGUCACUAUCAUUUCAUGACCAUCAGUUCUAAUACCAUUCAAUACCGUUAAGCAUCAGCCCUGAUAUAAAAAAUGACUACAAAACCAUGUUUACAGACCUCAGUGAUUUCAGUAUCCAAUUGUGUUUGAAGCCUAAGUUAUACUCUUUAUGUUACAUACCUUGCCUUCUCUCCCCAGCUGUGUCAUCAGCUUCCUCUUAGCUUUUCAGACCACAGUAAUACAAAGCCACAGCUGGCCCAUCCAUGGUGUCUGUUAUUUCAACGCAAGAACAUUUGGCAGAGACCAUUACAAUAGAUAGCCAUUAUGGGCAAAGAUACAGGAAUUCACAAACAAAAUCAAUCACUUCAAAUGGCCCAUAAAAAGAGGAAUCUUACAUUUAAUAUUCUACAGUAAAUAUUCACCCAAGAAAACGUACAUUAAAAGAACAUUAGGAGGUAAAUAUUCAGUGUGCUGCGUGGGGACUUCGCUGUGUGAUUUCCAUUACAGUUAAUGGGUGUUUGGUAACUAAGUCCCUGAGCUUCACUAACCCUGCAAUGUGCUCCUAAGGGCUAGGCAUAAACCCGGAGCAAUUCAGGAACUUCCAAGGUCCGGCAAUUUUGUUUUGAGCUUUUCUUCAAAAAAUACAUGAGAACAAAACACAAAGUACUAUAUUACAUGUGUGAUCUCUUGGAAUCCUUAGGUUAUUACCAGAAAUGUGUAUAGAUUCCAAACAACACCUCUCAAGGCAGUUUACCUUUGUUUUCGGACAUUCUCUGCAUUAUUAACCUAUUUGAAUUACUUCAUGAAAUAAAAACUUCACUCAAAAAUUAACACAAUUGAUUUGGAAGCUAAGUGAACACUAGGUAAAAGUGGAGGGAAAAAAUUGAAAUUCUCUUAGGAUUAAGAAAAUGUUAUUUAAAUGCAUAUGUACAUAUAUGCCUGACCAAAUAUUUGCCCUUUUGUAGGAGUUUUCCUUUUGGUGCAGUGGAAUACUCUGGAUUCCACUGAGGUGAUGAUGCUGAUUGUUAGAGACCUACUCUUAGGGUGUGUGUGUGUGUGUGUGUGUGUGUGUGUGUGUGUGUGUCUCUCUCCUCCCCCCAAGUUAGGAAGUGAUGCUAACAGUCCCAGCAUUUUUUCAAACCUGACCCAAUCAUUUCUUCUACUCUCACUGCUUCUCUCUUGACCCUCAUUCCAUCUUUGUGCCAUUAUUAUCUCCUGAUUAUUUUCCUUUGUUUAUAGUGUGCUCUUAAAAUAGCAGUCUUUUAGGAUUAAGGUUUUCUUUGCAGGUUUUUAAACUUAGACACUUACCUGAGAAAUGGAUUUGGGGUGGGUUCUGCCAGAGCAAUGACUGGAGUAGGUGGGAGGUCUAUAUCUGGCUAUAGGACAAAAUACUGCAAAAGUACCAUCAUCCUGGUUAUCUUGGGGCUAAGAUAAGAGAGAAGUGGAGGGGCCUCCCUGGUGGCGCAGACGGUUGAGCACAGCGUUAUGAAGCUGUCCGAAGUCUCUGCAGUGCCGGUUCGAUGAUCCCCGCAGGCAGCAGAGAUGCCCACAUGGCGAGGCAGACCUCUCCUGUCUCACCCACUGCUCCCCUCAGCAGUGUUUUUCAUCAGUCUGCCUGUUCUGUUCCCCACUCUAUGUCUGUGAAUCCUCUCACCCCCUGCACCUCUGGCCUGUACCCUGGUUCGUGUAUAAAUAAAUAAAUCCUUAAAAAAAAGAGAGAGAGAAGGGUAGCAGUUCCAAGACAUGAUAGUCUCGGAUAUAACGGGAUAGUGGGUGGCUCCAUCAAACUGUUUAGUCACCUCAAAGAGAACUAUAUAAUACGAAGUUCUUGGGGAAAAAGUGAAUCAAUCGCCCAGGUUCUAGCACAAGCUAGAAGAUACUUUGGAAUGGGGAGAGAUAGAGAAGUAUCUCCAAGGCUUAAAAAAGAACAGGAGUAACCGCUCUCUUCUAGCUCACUCAUCCCCACCUACUCAGGGUAUUGAGCCACCAUAGAAAUGCAAAAAAUAAGGCUGCAAUCCUGUUUGUGUCUACUCAGUGCCCUAAUAUUACAUGCUACCUUGGAUUGGCCCUUGUCUUUUUAUGUAUGUGUCCUGUUGGUUGCCUAAUUAGAUUGUAAGCUCUUUGAGACAGGAACUAUUUAUCCUUUGUCUUUGUAGCCCUAUGCCUAGUACAGUGCCUUGCACACAAUAGGCACUCAAUAAAUGUCUGUUGUUGAUG